CCUCCCGCCUGUCUUCUCUCUUUGUCAUCUUGCGCGCCCGGCACAGGAAAAGCCGCAGUCCAGGGCGAGCGGAGCGCGCACUUGAAGCCUCUUUUCUCCGACUGCCAAUCGGGAGUGAGGGGAUACGCGCAGUUCUCUCCGGACCCUCAAUGGGACCGGACGACUGAGGCCGGCCCCGUCGCAUCACUUCACCCCCGGAGCCGCAGCAAUGGACCGUUGCGCGCACGGAUCGCUGCGCCUCCGGCUCCCUGGAUAUUUACGCAUCGCGCUGCUGUGGGUCGUUCGAUUGGGGGCGUUCGCGCAACAUGCGCCAGAGUGUUACCCAGGAGGCCACCAGACUUUGCGAAAUCCCUAUCGGAGCGUUGACUUCGACUCCACGGAGAUCCAGAACACUGCCAUCCAGGAUCUGAUCUGUGACCACUCGCUGUCGCCGGGCUGGUACAGAUUCAGGAUCAACGAUAAGCCGGCGGAGAUGCCGACCACCUGCGUAGAGAUGAACCGCUGUGGUACACAGGCUCCGGUGUGGCUGUCACUGAAGGACACCUCCCUGCCACGGCCCGGCGAGGUCCGCCAGCUCUCCGCCUGCGCCACCUGGCAGUUCUUCCACGGCAGCGCCAAGGACUGCUGCCUCUUCCGCAUCCCCGUCACGGUGCGGAACUGCGGCGAGUUCCUGGUCUACUACCUGCAGCCCACGCAAGGCUGCAUGGGAUACUGCGCCAAAGUUGCUCCCGAUUUCGGACCCAGACUCUGCCCACCAGGUGAGGUGGAAGUCAACGGCCGAUGCAAAGCUGCUGUCCCAUCCCUGCCCUCCCGGCCGGUGAUCACGCCGGAGCUGAUUGGCCACAGCGUCCACCUGAGGUGCUCCUUCGUCCCGCCGCCGUGGAGGCAGCCACUGGGCUUCCUGGUGGUUUGGGCCAGACACAUCGGCCACAGCAUGAAGGCCGAGAUCAGGCAGGAAUCCACACUGAAGCCGUUCUCUCUGGUGGAGAUGGAUGGCGUCCACUUCAGGCUCGGUGAAACGUUCUCCUGCAGUGUGUCGACUGUCAGAGCCAACUCCAGCGCCACCAGAUCUACUCCAAAAGAAAGUGAGAGUUUCUAUGCUGGACUGAAGUUUUCUCCAGACUCGCUCCACGUAGCAGAGAACAGCAAGGAGCACGAGGUGACGCUCCACAGCACGGUGCCCAUCCCUUGCUACACCCCCGAGCACGGUCACCAGUGUGGAGUCCCGUUGGCUCUGAGCGUCCACGACCCAGAUGGUCUCGGACACGAGGCCUCAAAUGUGGCGUUGUCCGUCUGCCAGGUGGAGCUCCAGCCUGAAACCUGCAGCGAUGGCAGCUGCGGUCAGGCGACAUUUUUUGUCACCGCUGUCACCGACUUCACGCGCGACGGGAACCGUCUGAGCCUGAUCACUGUUCUGCCCGGACCCAGCGCACCACGACUCUGGAGGAACUACAGCCCUACGUCCCUUAAAAUCACGGUCCAGGACGUUCCUACUUCCAUCUGCUAUUCUUUGACUGACCCACAUGUCAUUACGCUGGACGGCAGGCGUUAUGAAAACCACCAGACGGGCACGUUUGUCCUCUACCGGAGCCUCGCCAGGGAGUUCGAAGUCCAUUCUCGCCAGUGGGACUGCGGCAGCCGACACUACGCUGUCGCGUGCAACUGUGGCGUCGCAGUGCGAGAGGGGAAUGAUGUUGCCGUCUUUGACAUGUGCAAUGGGCAGCCGCAGGAAACCAGGCCGCGACUUACCCUGAAGAACCUUGGUGAUGCAGAGGGCAGUCGCGUCAGAGUGCUGGAGUCCCACCAGGGGAAGAAGGUCACCUUGAUCUUUCCCUCCGGGGCCUUUGUUAGGGCCGAUGUGGGCGAUUGGGGAAUGAGCUUGUCCGUCCGGGCACCCAGCGUCGACUACAGCAACACUAAAGGUCUCUGUGGCACCUUCGACCGCAAUAGCAACAAUGAUUUCCAAACCUCUGAUGGUGGUGCCUAUGGCCCAGAUGACGUGCAUCGCUUCAUAGAGGACUGGAGGAUAGCUCCAGGUGAGAGUUUAUUUGAUAAGACACCUCCUGGGAUGACACAGGAGGUCAGGAGGCCUUUCUGUCAGUGCCAGAGAGGAUACAGCACUUCUCAUCAUGCUGGCAGAGGGAUGCGGAACCUGUACAAUCCUUCCGCUCACUCCAACUGCAUAUCUUACGAUAAUGUGGAUUACACAUCAGUGUUCCCCUCUAUGGACACAACAGUCGAAUACAUCAAGAGCCCAGAAAGAGAGGAAAGCAUCCUUGAUAUGUCUGCCUUUAACAGUUAUUCUCUGGAGAGGAGGGGCCUUCGGUUUCACCGUGAGGACAAUCAGAACAGUGACAGUGAUCUUGAACUGGACGGUGAGUUCAGGGAGGAUCAUCUGCUUUCCGUAGACAGGCAGAGGAGACAGGCGUCAUUUGAAUUACAGCCCGUCUUUGCUGCUCAAAGCCUCAGUCAGGCUGAUCUGGAGAAUUUCGCUUACUUUUUCCCCGAGGAUCACCUGGCAGAAGCCCGACCGGAGGUGCAACCCCGGUGGCCCACGCCAAGCGGUCUAACCUCGGCCAAAGCCUUGGAGGUGUGCCAGAUGGCUUUGGCCAAUUCUACUGUGGGUGCAGUGUGCGGGGGGCUUCUGGGACGCCGCCUGGACGAAGCAGUGGAUCUCUGCAUCCUGGACUUGCAGCUCAAAGACGAUUUGGGCUGGGAGGAGGCACUGCUCCCGUACCUGGAGAAUGAGUGUGAGAGAAGGUUGCUGGAAAACCGGACCCAGAGAGCUCUGGAGGUGGCAGGUCCUCCGGGAGCAUCCGGGGAAGUGGUGACUGCACUGCGCUGCCCCAACUUCUGCAGUGGAAAUGGAGAGUGUACCGAAUGGGGCUGCCAGUGCUACCCCAGCCAUAGCUUCUAUGACUGCAGCCUGGCCAUCAGCCAGCCAGUAGAGUUAACAGAUUUGGAGAACAGUGGACUGUGUGACAUCCGAGCCCUUGAUUGUCGCAACGUUCGAGUCUUUGGCCUCGGCUUUAUCAACACUCCUGACCUCAGCUGUCAUGCCACCAGACUGAAGUACAUGAAUGGGGUUUGGGUUCCAGGGGAAAAACAGAGAACAAAAGCCACCUUCCUCAGCUCCAAAGCUUUAGACUGUGCAGUCCCUUCUUUGAGCAACGCUGCCGUCAAUACAGAAGAUUUCAUGAUGGAUGACAAACCAUAUGCACGCUGGGAGAUUAAGGUGACCAACGAUGGCUCCCAGUACAGCCAAGCCAAGGUGCUGACGAUCUACGAUGGCGUUUGCCAGGUCUGCGAGGCAUCGCGCUCAGGACUCUGUAAGUUAAAGGAGCAGACAUGUAACAUCGAUGGGAUGUGCUUUGCAGAGGGAGACUCCAAUCCCAGCAGCCCUUGCCUCCUCUGUGACCCCGACACUUCCAAAUUCACCUGGUCUGUGAACCAAGUCAACGAGCCACCGGCGUUCCACCGACCUCACAGCAACCUGCGAACUUUUGCCGGGGAGAACUUUGUCUUCCAGUUCGCGGCAUCGGACCCCGAGGGCUCGGCGCUCCUCUUCCAACUGGAGGAGGGUCCAAAGGGGGCUGUUCUCUCCCCAGCUGGCCUCCUUAUCUGGAGGGUCCCGGUGCUUCUGGAGGAGGGGGGGCGUCAUUCGAGCCGCUCAUUCCGAUUCACGCUGUCUGACGAGUGCAACGCGCAGAGCACCUUCACUGUGGAGGUUGAUGUGGUGCCGUGCGGCUGUCAAAAUGGAGGCACCUGCGUGACAGACGUCCACUUCCCUGCCGGCAGUGGGAAAUACCUGUGUGUGUGUCCCGGGGGUCAGCAGGGUGAGCUCUGCGACGAGGACAUAGACGAAUGCUUGUCGGCUCCGUGCACGGCCGGCAAGUGCAUCAACACAGUCAGCGGGCACAGAUGCGAGUGUCCUGCAGGGUUGAGAGGUAAGACAUGCCUGGAAGAUAUCAACGAGUGUGAGAGAAAGCCCUGUUUCCCGGGAGUCCAGUGCUUCAAUAACUUUGGGUCCUAUGGCUGCGGCCCCUGCCCCAAAGGCAUGCUGGGAAAUGGGACGAAAUGUACGGCAGUCAUCAAGCCAGCCACCAUCACUCCCACAUCUACUCCUCGUACGAUUGCCUACAAGAUACCAGAUGUUCUUCUGCAACCCCCCAAAAUAAAGACAGACACUUUCCGCAAGACCUCAAAUAGUAGCUCCCCACAGACGAGGGCUGAGGCAGGGAAGACAGUUCCAAGAACUGACCCAGGCCCAUCACAAGCCAAGGCCACCACAUGGAGAAAGACUACAGGGAUUAGCCCGAAUCCAGCCCUCACUAAGUCGGAAACCAACAAGAGCAACACAGCAGUUACAUCACGCGUCCCCCAAACAAAGAUAGAUGCUUUGAUAAAAACCCAAGGAAUUAACCUCAACCCAUCCAGGAUUAACACAGACACUAUUAAGAACAACUCGGGAAUUACAUGGGACCAAGGCAAGUCUGAUCAGCCCAAAAUCAGCAACACCAUUGUCAAGACAUCCACUGUAGCCCAACCAUCAGGAAAUGGCAGACCAGCUUCAGGAUCGGUUCAGUUUCCGGCCGCCAACGUGUCGGCUACAUGUGCCAGCAGGCCCUGCUUCCCUGGGGUUCAAUGCAUCAACCGCAGGCCGCCACACGUCGGCUACGUCUGCGGCCGCUGCCCGCCCGGCCUUUACGGCAAUGGACGCGUCUGUAUGAAGAACGCAAAGGCUGCAUCCAAUCACCUCCCCCAGCAGCAGACAGUAGGCAAGACCAGCCGAUCUCCACACGGAAGUGGCAGCAAAGUCUCGCAGCUCCACCUGCCCAACCUGCCCACCAGACACGGCAUCAGGCACCUGUCCUUGUCCGUCACCAGACCGAACCAAGACAAUGCACCACGCCAGGUUCCCGCAUCAGGGAGGGGAGGUGGAACUGGGAGGAGGGAAGCGGUCAGUGCUACCAGAGAUGUUACAAAAACACCAGUGAGCACCCUCAACGUCACUGCAAACACUCACGUCAGCCACCAAAGUGCCAACCCUAGGUCGGAUGUCAGGAAAUACGCGAGAACUACCAUCACUGCCCUCGGGGAGGUUGCAGAUCCCCGUGUGACUGUCCCCAAGCAGUCUGAAGCAGCACAGACCGGUGCCACACCUCUUAGGGUAACUCCUCCUGCUCCUCGCCUCUCCACUCAGUCUCGUGAAGUGACUCAGCCCAAACAGACAACCAAGCCUCAGCUCAACCACCUGGCAUCCGCCCAGGCCAAACCCUGGACCCCUCCAAGACCUGCCCUCCCACUUACGGCGGCCCUCACCGCUCUCUCCUACUCUCUGUCCGAGUCAGAGUUCUCUGCAGAUGGAGACGAGGCUGAGCCUGGAUCCGAAGACCCGGACGCGCCCCAGAUGGUGCCAGCGUUGACCUUCACAACUCCAGGCAAGUCGGUCCACAGCUCCCCACUACAGAGGGCUGCCUCCGUCCAGCCAGGGGUUAGGAGUGGUGCGACGGCCGACAAACAUGUGACGACCUGCGCCGACCUGCCGUGCUUUCCGGGUGUCCAGUGUGAACCGGCCAUGGAUGGGGGCUUCAGGUGUGGGAGGUGUCCUACAGGAUACACUGGCGAUGGACGAGCCUGUCGAGCUGUUUGCAGGCACACAUGUGGUAGGAACAUGGCGUGUGCUGCGCCUAAUACGUGCCGCUGCAAACCAGGCUACACUGGACUUGAUUGUCAGACAGCAAUCUGUGAUCCAGAGUGUAUGAACGGGGGUGCUUGCAUAGCUCCGCGUGUGUGUCAGUGUCCGAGAGGUUUUCAUGGAGAAACUUGUCAGGAAGCUCUGUGCAGGUUACCGUGUGAAAACGGAGGCUCCUGUGUGGGACUGCAGACUUGUUCCUGUCCUUACGGGUUUGUUGGACCCCGUUGUGAGACCAUGGUGUGUAGUCGCCACUGUCACAACGGAGGCCAAUGUGUGUCUCCAGAUGAGUGCAUGUGUCCACCAGGCUGGACUGGACCAUCCUGUGAAACUGCUCUCUGCACCCCCGUCUGUCUGAACGGAGGUUCCUGUGUUCGGCCGAACAUCUGCGAGUGUCCUCACGGUUUCUACGGAGCGCAGUGUCAGAACGCCUUCUGUAGUCCUCCCUGUAAAAAUGGUGGCGUCUGUAUGAGGAACAACAUCUGCUCCUGCCUGCAGGGAUACGUCGGGAGACGCUGCGAGAAAAGCGUUUGUGAGCCCAUGUGUAUGAACGGCGGCAGGUGUGUCGGUCCAGAUGUUUGUGAUUGUCCGUCAGGUUGGCGAGGGAAGAGAUGCGAUAAACCCAGCUGUCUGCAGAAGUGUUUGAACGGAGGGGAGUGCGUGGGUCCCAACACCUGCCACUGCGCCCGGGGGUGGCAGGGCACGCUGUGCCAGAUCCCUCACUGCGAACAAAAGUGUCUGUACGGCAGUCGAUGCGUCCAACCAAAUGUCUGCGCCUGCCGGAGCGGAUAUUCGGGCUCUCUUUGCUCCAGGAGGCUCCCUAUCGCCCAAGGUUGAGACCAACUUACAGCAGGCAAACGCCGCACAGCUGGAGUUCCGAUCAGCACCCAGAUCGGGCGACCCAGAGCCAUCGGCACAGAGCAUCGUCAAAAGAAAAAACCCAGAGCGUCCGAAUUCUCUCCACUGGAUUUUACACCGCGGAGUUCAAACUCCGGGGAACCGUCCCAGUUCUUUGCAAAGCAAGCAGAGUAGAGUCUGACUCCCAAGGUCAGUGUCACCUCUGUGUGUCCAGUACAGGCCCUAGCUUAGCAGGAGGAAAGCCUAUGUUUUCCCAACUGCAUGGCACCCAAAAAAUGCAAAUCUAAAAACUAGAUUUUGUGCUCGUGGCAGUUGUUUCCUGACACACUACCGUUUAUUUGUCUGUCCUGCAUCUCUAGCUGCGGCAGGCGUUGCCGACGUGGCGUAACCUGACCGCUAAGAGUAAACUGAUUCCUUGAGUGCAUGUAAACGUGAUGUAUUAAAACCGAAUUGUUAAGAUGGAGAGGUUAUUGCCCCAGAAAUAUUUAUAAACUCCAAUACUGCCAAACUGCUGGAACACAAAACAAGGCUAACAGUUUCCCCCUGCUCCCAGUCUUUAUGCUAAGCUAGGCUAGUGAGAAGCCGACUUGCUGUUGUACUUGACAGACAGAGAUAAAGACUUUGCGACUUUGUGACUCUGGCGCUCUGCAGACGGGAAAUCUUCCCCUGAAUCCCACCAUUUAGCAUUCCGACGUCACGAAAGCUUCGGUCCGCGGAAGACGCAUUUCUUGUUUUAGACCAAAACCUUUAUAUAUGGAACAUAAAUGUAUGAUUUAUUUGUCGUCAUACUGGAUUGAUGGGCCGGUCGUUUUGAAGCUGCAGUGGAGGUCAGCUCUCUCCUCCUAUCUCACUGUUAAUGCCAUCAUGUUCAGGUUCUACUCUACAAACCCAAACCUCUGUAUGAGUAUUUAUUUAUUUGGUUGUUUUAUACUGUCGCAUAUUUCUUGUUGUAUAUAUAUCUCCAUCAAGGUAUAAUCUAUGUUAUUUCUUAUUACAGCAUUGUUUACCGGUUGUUUUAUAAGAAAACAAAUAAAGAUCCUAUCAAGGUAUUGAUUUCUUAA